GCAGAAGAUUGUUACUUGAAAAAUAGUUCGUUUCAAAUUGUAAUUAAAAUGUCGAAAUAUUCGGAACGAGUACAGGAGAUAUUGAAAUAUGCAACUAGUAAAAAAAUUACGGAUAAAAGGAAGUGUGUUGUGGAAUUGUUGGAAUUGUAUGAAAACCAGGAAGCCAUAGAUGAGAUAUGCAAAAACAUGGAAGAAAAUGUGCAGGGUGUUGUAAACUGGUCAUACAUUAUGCAUUCAGUUCAUAAAUUAUUGUUGAAUGAAACUGAUAGACUGGCAUAUAAGGAUAUGAAAAAUAAAGCAACAAUUAUUGAAAGACAAAAGAUGUGUACAUUGGUAAGAAAAACAAUUCAGUGUGCAAACUGUUAUAAAGUGCCAUUAUUGAAAUGUAAGGAUGUUAUGCCAUUAAUCUUGCAAAUUUUGGGAACAAGAGUGUAUGAAUACUAUCAUGAAACUUACAUGGGUAUAUUGGUAUCUUAUAUACUUCCGUUUAGAGUGUAUCAGGUAAAGAUGUUACCAGAACAGUGGGCAGAAUUGUUGAAGAUAUGUAUAAAUUUAUAUAAAAACGUGUCUUCCUUUAUAAACAAAAGAACCAUCUUAGAAGCUUUGCAGAUGAUUUCAUACUAUGGUUGCCAGCACUCGGAUCUACUUCCACAAGUAAAAGAAACAUUGUUAUUUUUAGAAAAUGUCUUUAUUGAUGUGAAAGUAAAUGAGGAAAUAUUGGCAGAAUCUGCUUACAAACUUGCAAACACAAUUUGUCGAGUGAUAGCAACAGAAUGUAGAACUAAAUUAUGUCGGUUUAGCGAAACUGUUUUGCCAAAUAUAAUUAGUCUGAAGAGUUCGAUGGAGAAAUAUAAAUUGUUCUUGCUUUUCAUUAAGAUUCAUCAUCCGAAAGGAUUGUAUAAUGUUUGUGACGGAGCUUAUGCUGAUGAUUGGGAGAAGUGGUACACGAUACUUACGAGCAUGUAUUUGAUGGUUUUGAAAGAUCUUAAAGCGGAGGUACUUUCAAAGAGUUUCCUUCAACUUGCGAGCGAAGUUUUCAAACAAAUGCUACAAAAUUCGAACAUAAUUGUUAGCAAAAGAUCGUUGGACGAUUGCGAUUAUAUCCAACCUGCGAAACGAAGAAAAUUCGCCAUGAAAAUAGACAGAUUAGUGGACAUGAUUGUGGACAAUAAUUCAGUAGAAGCUUGGCCAAUAAUACAGAUAUUAACAGUAUUGCUUAAACAAUAUCCAGAAUGUUUAAAAUCGGAAGACCUUACUGCAUUUUUGAAAACUUUGGUAGAUCUCUUAACGCUGUCUUGUAAAGACGAAAUUAUUAUGGACAAUAUAUACGAAUUGACUGCAGUAUUAUUAGUGAAUGAAAAAAUGUUUUCCACUGCAGAUGUAGAAAGCUGUAACAUUUAUUGGGACAAAAUUUGGGAUAUAUUACUAAGGUCCUUAAACGUAAACCAGAAUGAGAAAUCAACCCACAAAUUGACUCAGCUCUUCAUAAUAAACAGCAAAAUAACAAAUCCAAACUUGCUACUGAAGCUCUAUCUCACAAACGUGAUCAAAUGGUCGGUAAUGAGUAUUCGAACUCUGGUAAUUCUAUGCGAAUAUCUUCCAUUACCAACCAACAUCACAAUGGUGAACAUAAACAGCUGUUCACCAAGCAUAAACUCAAAUUCUGUUAGAUUAUGUUUAUUAAAAUGGGCGUUGGACGUCCCUUGGCAGAAAGUGGCUACUAAAAUUCUGAUCGAAGAGUUUUCUUUAUUAUUAAUCAGCAUUUCCUCCAAAUCAAGAUCUCAAAACCAUAUAAAGUUCAACAUGGAAGAUAUUAAUAAUUUUUGCAAUUGUUUAAAAAACCUACAAAUGGAAUCUUACGAAGAAAUCGAAAAUUGCUACUUACUAUUAUCUUACAAUACUAAUAUAUCAAUGGAAGAAGAUUCAAAAGAAGAAAAUAAAAACGGAAAUGAAAGUAUAUUAUAUAUGCAAGACAUAAUUAAUUAUCUAACAUCCAGUUUGUGUGACAUAAUGAACCAAUCAAAUACUAGUGAUUUACAUAUUAUGAUAGUGAAAAUCACUAUAGUAGCUAAAGUAGUCUCCACAAUGAAGAAAUUGAACAUAAUCCCAAAAACCAUGGAAUUAUUACUCUUGGAAACUCUACAAAAUUAUUUAAAAAUCGUUUAUAGUCUUUUAGCGAGUAUAGAUUCAUCCAGGAUCAAUUAUAUCUAUCUCCAGAGUGUGAUAAGAGUCUUAACUGUGCUAUACGAAAGCUCUUAUAGUGAAAACGUGAUGGAAAUAAUAGUUUCUUCCACUACCUUGGAAAUGUUGAAAACGAUAUUUGGUUUUAUGAAUAUAGAAGAUGAUAUUUCUACUCGUGGAUCGGUUAUAGAUCAUGGAUCCUUUCAAAACAGACGGAGGUACUCGGACAGAGAGUUCGAGGAGUGCAAUUUUUGCCAUAAUGGGGCGAUUAAGAUUCUGGCAGCCAAAGCUCUGGCCUUUUUCUGUUGUAUGAAAAUUGAAAAAUUAGAGAUCCAAACAAAAUUGAUGGAAAAUUUAUUGAAAAUAGAAAUGUACGAUCUUUCUAAAACGGUGGAUUUCAAGAUGGCCGUCGUAGUUUUAGAGUCUCUGAACAAAUAUGGCGGAGAAUUGUGGAGAAACCAUGGGAAAACUCUUUUAAAAAAUUUUCUAACUUUGUGUGAUGAACGUUAUUUAGACGAAACUAAGAUUAUUUAUUUAUUUAAUAUUCUACCAUACUUUGUUAGGUAUUCUAUAGAUCAUAACUAUGAUUCAGACCAAACAAUGGCCGUUAUUUCUAAAUUAAACUUUGGAUUAAAAAAAAAAUUUUGUUUUAAAAUUCAUGUUGAAUUUACUAAAUGUCUUUCAAAAAUAAUUCGCUUAAAUUUCUUAUUAUUAAACAAUCCAUCGCCAAUAAUCGAUGCUAUACUAUCGUCUCUAGCUAAUCCCUUAGUGAUCGUAAGGUUGGAAACACUGAAAUGCGUGCAGGAAUUUUUCUCUUCUCCCAGAAUCCCAAUAAUUUUAAAAGAAUCUCUGUUUUUAGAAAUAGAAAAAUUAAUAAAUAAAUCUAUUAUAGUAGACGAAAGGGAGUCUGCUAUAGCAAGUUCACUAUUAGUAUUGUCCGCCAUUUUAUCUGCCACAGGGACAUUCCAAAGUCGGGCUUUAUUAAGUAUGUUACGCUUCACUAUAGAUCAAAACGUAGAAAUUGAAUUAAUUCCCAAAUCUUUAAACACUAUAGUUGAUAAAAUAAGUUAUGAAAUCCUAAUCGAAGAGAAUUUGAGCUUUCUAAUAACGUACUGGUUUGACUCCAGCUAUUCUUCGCGGCCAUUUCCCUGGAAAAUAACGCCUUCCAACUCUGAAAUCGAAUUUUAUAAAAUUCAUGCUCGAAAAUUCGCUUUUAUAAAAUUCCAAAAGUUCGAAAUUUCAAGUAUAAGUUCCUUCUGCAAUUAUGUGAGUUUGCCAUUGGAACAGAUGAUAGAAAAUAUCUUUCCAGAGAUCCUAAUCUGGCUAUUGCACAACAUCCAAGAAAAUGGUGCCCAGAAGAAGUUAGCAAACAAAAUGUUUCGAAAGUUAAUUUCGAAUGAAGAUGAAUUUUUGCGAAUGAAAAAGUUUUCUAACUUGUUUAACGAGAAAUUCGAAGACAUUUUAAUAUAUUUGGUGCACCGUCUACACGACGAGGACAAUUUUGAAGCAAUUUUUAAUCUAAAAACUUCAUUUGUAAUGUCGGAUCCCCCUCAUUUAAAAAAAUCAGAGGUUCAUGAUUGUUUGGAAUAUAUGAAACGAAACUUCUUUGAGCAAGAAACUUCUGUACAGUUUGUUCUGGUAAAAAGUUGUCCUAACAUACUCCAAAACAUAUUAAUUAACUUGAUUAAGGACGUUCACAAGAAGAAAUUUGCAGAACAUAGGAUGAAAUCCUUUUAUCAAUACGUUUUCUUCUGUGAUUUGAUGAUGGAAGAUUUAAAAGAAGAAUAUUUUAACGAUUUGUCCACGUUUUUGAUCAAGGAAAUUGGAUACAGUCUGCUUCAUAUAAUAAAAUUGCAAGAUUGUCUUCUAGAGAUUGCCUGUGGAUAUUUUUAUAAGUUUACUGAGCAAGUUUCGAAGUUCAGGAGUGAAGACAUGAAGAGAAUAGUUAGCUUUGCUGUUGUUACUCUUAUUCCAAUUAUAAAUGGAGGAAAAGUACCCAUAACUUUGAAAAUUUUGGGUCUUUUAUCAAUCCAUUGCGGAGAAACCAAGAUUUGCAACUUAAAAGAUAAGGUGCUUGGUUUCUUAAAUUCUUCAAAGAACGAAAAUAUAAAUCACAAAGUGGAAGAGCUAAGAACUUUGUAUGAAAAACUCGAAACUUCGCAGGAACCGAAGAUUCGCAGCCUGGAAGUAGAGGUGCAUCAUUUUUUGAACAUUUCUGAGAAUGAAAAUAUAAAUUGCAGCGCAGAAGACAUUUCCAACUUGCGUUUGCAAUUGUCUAAAAGGAAAGGAGAGCUCAGAAUUUUGUACGAAAAAUUGGAAUCGCUUCGGGGAUUUUCUGAAGAUUGUGUUUCCAGUGCUUUGCAUUGUUUGAUAUGCAAAUUAAUCAGAUUAACAGCAUCUUCAGAUCCAAAUAUUUCUAUGGAAGCUUCUAAAUGCUUGGGAGAAUUAGGCCCCAACAAUUUGAGUUCCAUGAUACUUUAUUUAGAAAAAAGUUAUGCUAAAGAAACUUCAGAUUUGUUAGGAAUAUUAUCUUACAAAGUUGUAACAAAACUUGUUCAGUUUUUGCAUCAAAGUGAUGUGGAUCUUAAAAAAGUCAGUGUGGAUGCUUUUCAUGUUAUUUUAACGACAUUUUGGGGACACAGAUUAUCCGACACAAAGUACACGAAUUGCUUAAAAUCCGAUUUAGGCGAACCCAAAGUAACAUUGCCGUCUUACUACAUUAAACCUUUCACAAUCGCGACAAAUUUAAAACCUAAGAAGAUUAAUAUAAAUGUGAAAGUUAAUGACAUUUUAAAUCCAUGUAAUAGUGUUUGGACUAUUUUGUCUGAUGGUCUGUACUCUGAUUGGAUCAUAAAGAUAAGUUGCAAAAUUUUAGAAUGUUUUAUAGGAUUUUAUUCAGAAAGUUUAAUUUCAGUUUGUAAAUUAAGCACUGAUAUCUGUGAAAUAAUUUUGCCAAGAAUUAUUUUUUUAUUGAUUAAUAUAGACUCUAAGUAUACUUCCGAAAUAUGUCUGUGUGUAAAUAGAUUCUUCGACUAUCAUUUUAAUUUUACUACGGGACCUACAAUGCGAAAAAUUAAGAAUUGUGAUCACCAAAUUGUUAGAACUAUGUUAAAUGUCGUUAAUUAUGUUAGGAUACAGGUUCCUGAUAAUGUUAACUUAAAAUUUAACUAUAUGUACAUUGCAAAAGCGGCACAAUAUUGUUCUGCGUUUUUUACUGCGAUCCUUUAUGCAGAAAUGGCUUGCGAAAAUAUUUUGAGCGACUCUAACGAGUUUAGUAAUGUUUCAAAAGUAGAUUGCGUUUACGAAUUGGAACCGGAACGAGGAAGAGUGAUUCAAAACAUACUGAGGGAUGCCUAUACGAAAAUAGGAGACUUCGACGCGAUUCAUGGAACCGGGACGUCCCAUUUGCAAGAUCAUGCGACUAGAAUACAGCAUUACGUCCAGAGCCACGAGUGGAAUAGAGUGAUACUGGCACAGGACGUAGAGCUGUCUUUUGGGAACAUGAGUGUGAUUAAAGAAAUGGCGAAUGGAUUGUAUAAAUCAGGUUUACAAUACUUGCUCGGCAAUUUCGUCUCAUUUUUAUCGAAGGAGACCGAAGAAAUGGACGAAAAUAUUCAGUAUGAGUGUGCCUGGCGGCUCAGCAAUUGGAAUUUAUGCGAAACAAAUCAAUCACUAUUCUUAAAAAGCGAAUCCAAGUCAAUCAUAACAGAAUUCGAUUAUCAGUUUUACCAUUAUCAAGCAUUAAAAUAUUUCCACGAAGUAAAUGAGAUUGGAAUAAAAAUUGCACUCGAAAAUGCUCGUAUAAGUGUCAUAAAAGCUCUAAAAAACAUUAGUUUAGAAAGCAGCAAAACUAUUUACGAAAAAUUAAUGCAGCUGCAAUUAAUUCGAGAAAUCGAAGAAUUAAGUUUUUGUAAACCAGAAGACUAUGAAAAGCUGUUAAAAAAAUGGCAGGAGCAAGAUUCGACUAAUUUGAAAGAAUUUCAGUAUUUGGAACCCAUUUUGACUCAAAGAAUAAUUAUGUAUCGUAUAACCAAUAACGAAAAAUUGAAAAAUGCAAUGUUUGAUGCUUAUUUGGAAAUUUCUAAAAUGGCCGUCGAUAAGGAGAAUUUGGACAUUGCUACUCGUUCUUUAGCUGUGUUAGCGAAACAAAAAGAUUUACCAUCUGAAAUUGAAGACCAAUUACUAUAUCAGGAAUCACUAUUGGCUAGAGUGAGAGAAGAUUUGGAAAUUGGCCGUUUUCUUCUGAAAAAUUUGAUGAACAAAGAGAAUUUAAACAAAAAUUUAAGAGCCCAAGUUUUAAGAGUUUAUGGAGACUGGAUGGCUGAAAUGAAAUCGGAGAAUCCUGAGGCUGUAAUAAAGAAAUAUUAUUUGAAGUCUAUAGACACUAGCACUUCCAUAGAAGAAGAAACUAGUGAUAGUGUUAAGAAUUUACAUGGUACACAAGUGGCAUUAGCUCGGUUUGCGGACGCUCAGUUUGAACAAAUAUGUUCUUACAUGAAAUCUCCGCAAUUCGAAACUUUGAAAGAGUGUAUUCUGUACUCGAGCGAAGGAAUCAGCGUAGAUUCAGUCAGUAAAGACAAGGAUGUGAGGAAGGCAUUGAUUUUGAACCAGAGACAGAAUAUAAACGAUGCUGCUGAGCUGGAAAGAAUAGAAAAGGAAAAGGAUAAUUAUCUAAUCUUGGCACUCAAAUAUUAUUUGAUAGUACUUCAACAGAGCGAGAACUAUAAUCUAUUAAUAUUCAGGAUAGUAACUCUAUGGUUGGACAAUGUUAAUAAAAAGGAAGUGAAUAAUUUGUUGCAACUAAACUUCAACAAAAUUUCGUCGUUCAAAUUCAUUCCUUUAGCUCCACAAUUGGCUGCUCACAUGAAUGAUAUUUUCGACGAUUUUUCUCAAAAAAUUUACGAGAUUAUGAAACGUUGUGCCUUGGAACACCCACAUCAUACUUUACCAGUUUUAUUAGCCUUGAAAAAUCUUUAUGGUGACUACGAAUACAAUGUUGUUAAGAAAAAUAGGACUUUGGAACCAAGAGUGUUGGGAGCUAGAAAAUUAUUGCAGGAAUUAAUGAAGUCUGAUAUAAAUUCUAUUGUCUGUAAAAUGGAUAAAUUAUCACAUUCUUUAGUCAUGUUGGCCAAUCUUGCAACUUCUUCUAGUAAACCUGGAUCUAUAGUGAAGAUACCUAAAAACCAAGAGAUUUUAAGUGUGAAAAAUUUUGAAAAUGUACUUGUCCCAACGUUAACUACCGAUUUGAAACCUUCCGGAGAUUACAGUGAUAUUAUUAGUAUUUUCAAAUACAAAGAAACUUAUGAAACUGUUGGAGGUAUGAAUUCACCUAAAAAAUUAAUUUGCAUCGGUAUGGAUGGAAUAGAAAGAUAUCAGUUAAUAAAGGGAAAAGACGAUUUAAGACAGGAUGCUGUUAUGCAACAAGUUUUUAACGUAAUGAAUAUAUUAUUAAAAACUUGCAAAGAAACUAAACGUAGGAAACUGAUGAUAAGGACCUACAAGGUUGUACCACUAACACAGAGAUCUGGAAUUUUAGAGUGGUGCGAUAACACAAUUCCCAUUAUGACUAUAUUAACGGGUUCGAAUAGUGUUUGCGGGCUGCAAAAGAAAUAUUAUCCGAGGGAUUACACAGCAAGCUAUUGCAGGGAGAAAUUGGCAGCUGUAGAAAAAUCAUCAACGGAAGUGAAAUUAAAAGUCUUCACCAAUUGCUGUACUCAUUUGCACCCAGUUAUGCAUCAUUUCUUCACCGAAAAGUAUCCGUCGCCCGAAACAUGGUUUGAAAGAAGAUUAGCCUACACGCGCAGUAUAGCAACCACGUCUAUGGCUGGAUAUAUCCUAGGAUUAGGCGACAGACACCUAAACAAUAUUUUAAUCGACCAAUCAACAGCUGAAGUUAUUCAUAUAGACUUUGGUAUAGCAUUCGAGCAGGGAAAAGUAUUGCCUAUACCGGAAACAAUUCCCUUUCGACUGACACAAAAUAUAGAAGCGGCGAUGGGUGUGUCCGGUAUCGAAGGUACAAUGAGACAUUGCAGUGAAAAGACUUUAAACGUGUUAAGAGACCAAAAACAAGUAAUUAUAACGCUUCUACAAGUACUAUUGUACGAUCCAUUGUUCACGUGGACCGUCACACCGGCCAGAGCACAUAAUAUUCAAUGUGGGAAUUCCGUGGGAUCACUAGAAAUCAACCAAUGUUCUACAGUGACAAAUAAAACAGCAGAAAAGGCUCUAUUAAGGAUAGAACAGAAGCUUCAAGGCACAGAAGAAGGUUUGGCUUCCAGCGUUUCUGGCCAAGUUGAAAGGCUCAUUCAACAAGCUCGGGAUCCUCUAAAUCUCUGCCGACUAUACUGUGGAUGGCAGCCUUAUCUGUAAUAAAUCGAUUUCGAUGAAAGGCCAUUCGCCAUUUAAAAGUUAAUUACGAUGAAUGGAAACUAAAAGUAAGAAUUUUUUAGAAUUUUAAUUUUCUUUUUAUACGAAUUUACAGUUUAGACGAUAUUAACAGAUUUAGAUUACUUAAAAAUGUAAAUAUAGCUAGUUCAUACGUUCGUCUGUUAGGGUUACGAUUAUUAGAAUAAUCCAACAUUCAAACUUUUGGGAAAUAAUUGGUUUGAAAAGUAAGAUAAUUAUAAAAAUAUUAACUAUUAGGCUUAUGUUUUAUUAGUCUCUUUUUUUAAAGUCGUAACUCUGGGUAUAUUGUUAAUUUUUUUCAUUAUUAUCCAAUCUUGAUAUUUGGAAUUGUUUGAAUUAUUCUAUUACUGGUUCGAAUAUUUGUAGCUUUUCUUAAAAAAG